AUACCAAUGUCAAGGCUGCACGAAACCAAUCUGGAAAAUCAGACAUUGAAACAGAAGACUCUUGUCUCUUUGUUUUUCUUCUAUAUAUACACACGGUAAUAUCAAAGGCCAAAGAGAUUUAAUUACAAAGAUCGAGAUCUACUUCAGAAAUGGCGCUGGAGGACGAUGUAACUUCGAUGAGAACGACGACGUUAGUGGCUCCAACAAGACCCACGAUUACAGUUCCGCAUAGACCACCGGCGAUCGAAACGGCGGCGUAUCUCUUUGGCGGUGGAGAUGGGCUUAGUCUGAGCCCAGGUCCACUUUCUUUUGUCUCGUCUUUGUUCGUUGAUAGCUUCCCUGACGUCCUGACGCCGGAUACUCAAAGGACAGCAUCGUUUUCUCAGCUUCUUGCCGGAGCUAUCUCGGUGUCUCCAGGCGGAGGCGGAGGACGUUCGACGGCGGGGAUGUUCGCUGGAGGAAGUACGAUGUUUACAAUUCCUUCGGGUUUGAGCCCUUCUAGUCUUCUUACCUCUCCCAUGUUUUUCCCUCCUCAGCAGUCACCACGUCAGACCAGCCUUGUCCAACCGCAACGACCAGACUCAUUUCCUAACCAGAUGCCGCCAUCGACAUCCACGGCCGUCCAUGACCGUCAGUGUUUUGAAGUUUCGCAAGCUGAUCAUAGAGCUAGAAACCAUUAUAGUAAUCUUGCGAAUAACAACAAUAAUAACCGGUCAUAUAACGUAGUGAACGUUGAUAAACCGGCGGAUGACGGUUAUAACUGGAGGAAGUACGGCCAAAAGCCGAUCAAAGGGUGUGAAUAUCCGAGGAGUUAUUACAAAUGCACUCAGGUUAAUUGUCCGGUUAAGAAGAAAGUUGAACGGUCAUCAGAUGGACAAAUCACUCAGAUAAUUUACAAAGGUCAGCAUGAUCAUGAGAAACCUCAAAACCGUCGUGGUGGUGCUGGUGGUGCCAGAAAUUCCGGUGAAAUUGGUGAUAUUCAUUACAUUGGUGGUUCAGGACAGAUGAUGGAGUCUAGUGAUGAUAGUGGUUAUGGUAAGGAUCAUAAUAACGAUACUGAUGAUGACGAUCUUCCGGCGUCAAAGAUAAGAAAAACUGACGGUGGUGUGUCGACGACUCACCGGUCGGUGACCGAGCCGAAAAUCGUCGUUCAGACAAGAAGUGAAGUCGACCUUCUCGACGAUGGUUAUAGGUGGCGCAAGUAUGGACAAAAAGUAGUCAAAGGAAAUCCCCAUCCAAGGAGCUAUUAUAAAUGUACAACGUCGAAUUGUACGGUCCGUAAACAUGUAGAGAGAGCUUCAACUGAUGUGAAGGCUGUCAUUACAACUUACGAAGGUAAACAUAACCACGACGUCCCUGCCCCUAGAAACGGCACGGCCGCAGCAACCUCAAACACGGCGGGAACUUCCGACCACCACCGUAUGACAUCAAUGUCGGGGAAUAUGCAACAACAUAUGCGUUUCGCUAACACCAAUAUUACAGGCCAGUCUCCGGUUCUUUUGAGAUUGAAAGAAGAAGAAAAUAACUACUAAUUGACUUUUAAACAGAGGAAUUCGAGAUUGAUUUAGCCGCUCGAUACUACUUGACUUGUAACAUGUGUGAUGUGAGCAUGCUUGACUAAUGAAAUGAAAAUCAAAACCUCUAAUAAAUUUUUGUUUCUUUUGCU